CCCAUCUAUCUUUCACCUCUUCCCUUCUCCCCCGCCAUCAAUGUUUCCCUGCUUGACAGGAGAUGGCUCCGUUUUUUACAAAGCGACUGAAGUGUUUCUACUGUGGGUGUCGCUCACCCCAGGCUGAUCGAGAGCCCAUCCGCAAAUGGCGCUGCAAACAUUGCGAAGCCAUCAAUUAUUUAGACGAAAAUGGAGACAUUAUCGAUCCUCCCACAACUGAAACAAACUCCGCUGCCCACGAUCCCAAUUCAUCAAGUCCGCGCUUCGAGUCCAACGACUUUACAGGCUCCAGUUUGUUUUGCGACAAAUGCCUCCGCAACCAACAUCUCUUUACCAAUAACUUGGCGUCCUACUUCCCACCUUCCGACGACCCGAACUUCAGCGCAUACGAACGCGAGUAUCCAAAAUUUCGCAAAAACCUAGAGGAGCGUUAUCCGCAGGUUUGCGCCGCUUGCGAGCCUCGAGUGAAGCAGCGCAUUCGUCAAACCAGUUACGAGGCUAAAGCAGACCAUUUGAGACGGAUGAUGGAUCGGAGCAAGGCCGGCAGGGUGGCAAGAAAUGCACGUCGAUGGAACUGGAGAAGCCUUCUUGUCUGGGCCGGCGCCAUGGGUUACUGGGCUAGUGUUGCUGGUCAACUCAGCUGGGAUAUCUGGAGUGCAUUGGCUGCUGAGGAACCCGAACCGCUGCAAGACCCUGACGAAUUGUCAUUCUCGACCCAGAUAGUGGUCUGCGCUCGUGAGAUAGCCCAGACUCGUCGGAUACCGCGCUAUUGCGCAAUGGAUCUAGCACCUUAUGCUGGAUUUGCUCUCAUUGUCGGCAUUCUCUCCCUAUGGUGGAACCCGAAGCUGCGCCUGAAGGUAGAAGGAAGGGGUGGGCGCUUUGUCGGUCUCGGCGAGUACUAUCAAGUACAGCUUAUCGUCAUGGUGGUACGGUGUGCCUUCUGGGCAGUCCUUCGGGAGCCAUCCUUGAGCGGACUGGAAGCAAGCAUCCCCCCAACUUUACAUCUAUUCAUGUUCUUCUUCACCAUCCUGUCUGUUGCGAUCUCUAGGCGCAUUGUACGCUACGACACCCGUCCACUGGUCGUCUGGAACGAUGACACCCCCUCAGCCACUCCGAACCGGAAGACUCAAGCUACUUCAGUACCUAACACUGGUAACGCUCGACAACCAUUCGCAGCCUCUCAUAACGAACUCCGGCAGCGAGCUUCUCGUUUCCCGUUGGACAAGCUUGCUUCUCCACAAGCAGCUCCCGAGGAACCGAGCAUUCUCACUCCCCCUCCAGAAGUCGACGACAUGGAUUGGACUCCUUCGUUUGUUCAGCGCGAACUCACACCCACUAUUAGUGUCCGCCAGAGAGACCGAAAAUCUGUAUUUGAUGGUGACCUGCCGUUCUAUGGCUCCUUGCCCCCUGCGCCGAGGCCACCCGCCUGGGAAUUGCGCCAACCUCGACGCCCGAGACCUAUUGAACAAGUCGUCGAGCGGAAUCCUUUCCAGCGUACCCCUGCACAAUCGCAAUCGUGGCAACGCACCACUGGCGAUCCAGGAGCGGCGUUUGCACCGCCCCGGUUUUUUCCUGCGAGCGAUCAUACCGCAACAACUGGGCUCGAGAACUUGUUCAAUCGGGCUUUCACCAUCAGAACUCCUGAAGAUGGAGAAGAAAACGACUGGCAAGCACACCAUGAGAAUCCUAAUGCUCGCUCUCGCCACCCGGUGAACCUUUGGGGCUACUUUGUUUACCAGUACCUUCGAUUGGGUCUUCUUCUUAUAUCACUUGCAAUCUGGACUUUAUCCGAGUACGACGUACUCUCGAUUCCGGGCAACUACGUUGAAAUCGCAUCGCUUGGCAGCGCCAGCCUUAUUGCCGGAUUCGCCCUCCUAGAGGCUAUGAAGCAUCCUAUAAUGCAGUGGAAUGGCAAGGAAAUUCUCCUCUACUUUGCGGAGCUGGGCGGUGCUAUUCAUCUUGGAGGCAAACUUCCGCGGGUUGCCUACGAGCGGCAAGAUUUUGACAGAAACGGAAAGCUUUUUCUGGUCUUCAUGACAGCCCAAGAGGCAUGGAAUCUGCUAUCACUGUACAGCCUCGCUGCGGCGUAUGAAUCUGGAUUCCAAUCACAACAACAACCUCGCAUCGCGUCUCCAGAUGGCCGCGUAUCUGAACAUCAGUCUCCAUCUGUGCUCACUCACCAGAGCCAGGUACAGUCGUUUGGCUCGCAGCCAUCUGUGCCAGCCUUAUCCUUCUCAUCCACUAUCCCUAGCUCGAGCUUUUCAGCGCAGUCGCCCGCAACACCGCACAAAUUCGCGCCCUCCCCAUAUGACGGGGAAUUUUCCAAGGACCAUAGUUUCACUCUUAACAGUUUGAAAGAUAACGAGUCCGAUGUAUCUGACGCGUUCGACCGCGACUCGGACACUGAAACCACCGUGACAACCGCCACGUCGGCCACAAACAACACAAUUCGAAAUAUCCGCUACGGGCGGGGCGAUCACUAUGGCAAUGAUACCAUGUUCUCACCUCGACGAUCUGAGCUAGGCCCAGGGAUUGGGGGCCUGAGUCUGGAGGACGAGCCCGCUCGCCGCAUCACCCGCAGUCAGUCGAAACUCAAAGAUAGGUUUGCGGCGGCGCGGGGAAUACGGUAAUUACAAAUUACGUCUAUCGACAUUGGGUUGACUCCGUUCGACUCGUCAUUCUACUUUGAGCGCUUGCACUUUUGGAGUUUGGUUAGCUACCUUUUUCGCUUGCUUAAGAUAUGUUGUACUAUCCAAUAUGAGUCCGCGAACUCCAUAGGGCGGAUGGGACAAACUUGCUUGC